AUGCUCCGCUCUCGCCAGGCCACGCGCGCCUUGAAGGUGCUGGCCGAAGCCAAGCCAAGCCGACUACCUCAACGAUCCUUCACCACCUCCCAAAAGGCAUUGGCCGUCGCGGCGCGGCGCAAUGGCCCUCUCCAAGUUAGGAAUCAAGCGACAUCAGCGACUGCAAAGGCCCCUGCUGCCGAGGUACGGCCAACUCCCAGCCCAGCCUUCAAUGCCGCGACCCCGAAACAACAAAGCCAUGUACAGCCUCUCUCCAAAGCUCGGAAGCCUGACAUGGACGAAUCGUUCAUUGGGAAAACUGGAGGAGAGAUCUUCCACGAGAUGAUGCUCAGGCAUGACGUAAAGCAUAUCUUUGGGUAUCCUGGCGGUGCCAUUCUCCCCGUGUUUGACGCUAUCUACAACUCACCACAUUUCGACUUUAUUCUUCCCAGACACGAGCAGGGAGCCGGCCACAUGGCAGAAGGUUACGCGCGUGUCUCAGGCAAGCCUGGUGUUGUUCUGGUGACGUCCGGCCCCGGCGCCACAAACGUCGUGACACCUAUGGCCGAUGCGCUCGCCGACGGCACCCCAAUGGUUGUUUUCACUGGCCAGGUGGUUACGAGUGCUAUAGGAAGCGAUGCUUUCCAGGAGGCAGAUGUCAUUGGUAUCACCCGGGCCUGCACAAAGUGGAACGUGAUGAUUAAGGACGUCGCUGAGAUGCCCCGGAGGAUCAACGAGGCUUUCGAAAUUGCCACGAGUGGAAGACCUGGCCCUGUUCUCGUCGACCUCCCCAAGGACAUCACCGCUGGUAUUCUCCGGAGAGCAAUCCCUACCGAGAGCGCUAUCCCCACCAUUCCCAGUGCUGCGUCUCGAGCUGCUAUCGAUCUCAGCAGGAAGCAGAUGGAUGCGUCGAUUAGCCGAGUUGCCGAUCUUAUCAACAAAGCGAAGAAGCCCGUGAUUUACGCCGGUCAAGGUGUUAUUUGCUCCGAGCGCGGCCCGGAGUUGCUGAGGGCCCUCGCGGACAAGGCAUCUCUCCCAGUGGCGACGUCGCUGCACGGCCUUGGUUCCUUCGACGAGCUGGACGAAAAGUCUCUUCGUAUGCUUGGCAUGCACGGCGCAGCUUACGCCAACAUGGCCAUCCAGGAGGCAGACCUAAUCAUCGCUCUCGGCGGGCGGUUUGACGAUCGCGUAACCAUGAGCAUUCCCAAGUUUGCGCCUGCCGCCAAGGCUGCCGCGAAAGAGGGACGUGGAGGCAUUGUUCAUUUUGAGAUCAUGCCCAAGAAUAUCAACAAGGUGGUACAAGCCACCGAGGCGGUGGAAGGCGAUGUCGGAACCAACCUCGAGCGGCUAAUUCCGCAGGUCCAGGCGAAGUCCAUCGGCGACAGGCAGGCCUGGUUCGACCAGAUCAACGAGUGGAAGCGGAAGUGGCCCCUUUCUCACUACGAGCGUGCUAAGCGCGAAGGCCUGAUCAAGCCCCAGACCCUGAUCGAGGAACUAAGCAAGCUCACUGCCGACCGGAAGGAUAACACCUAUAUUGCCACUGGUGUGGGCCAGCAUCAGAUGUGGGCAGCCCAACACUUCCGCUGGCGGCACCCCCGCUCCAUGAUCACCUCAGGUGGUUUGGGUACCAUGGGCUACGGCCUUCCGGCCGCCAUUGGCGCCAAGGUGGCGAAGCCGGACUCCCUCGUCAUUGACAUUGACGGCGAUGCCUCAUUUGGCAUGACGCUGACCGAGUUGUCCACUGCUGCGCAGUUCAAUAUUGGCGUCAAGAUUAUCGUCCUCAACAACGAGGAGCAGGGCAUGGUUACACAGUGGCAAAACCUGUUCUAUGAGGAUCGAUACUCGCACACGCACCAGAAGAACCCGGAUUUCAUGAAAUUGGCGGAUGCCAUGGGUAUCCAGUCCAGACGUCUGAUAAAACCCAACGACACUGUGGAGUACUUGAAGUGGCUGAUCGAGUCUGACGGCCCUGCGUUGCUCGAGGUGGUGACAGACAAGAAGGUGCCUGUGCUUCCCAUGGUCCCCGCUGGGUCAGGCCUCCAUGAAUUUCUCACCUAUGACAGCGCUAAGGAUAUGAAACGGCGUGCGGUGAUGCGGGAGCGCACAUCUGGCCUCCAUGGGUAA